UCUUAUAGGUAAACAAUCUAAAAAAAAAAUAGUGUCACAUUAUAUGUGGAUGGGUCGCAAACAGCUCUUCAUGUCGCACAAAAAAAUAAUGUGUCGCAGAGUCUAGCGGAAAAAUGUGUCGGGAAAGUUUUGCGAAACAUUAUUUUUUUUGUGCGACAUGAAGAACUGUUUGGGACACAUCCACAUAUAAUGUGACACUAUUUUUUUAGAGUAAAUAUAGGCAUUUUGUGAUUAUCUAAUUUGAUUGAUAUUUAUUUUAGGAGUGAGAGCUAUGAGAAUUCAAAGUAUUUGUCAACAGUCUGGUGCUAAAGUAUAUGUUGGUGGAGAAUUUUCAGCCUCGGAACGUCCAGUUUUUGUAAAAGGGAAUUCAAAACAAGUUGCACAUGCUGUUGAACUUAUUGACAAACUAAUUAAAAGGCAGUAUAAAAGACUUCCAGUUCAAGCUCAUCGAUGCUAUGGAAAAGGCACAAGGUAGAUGGAACGUGAGAUAUACAUUUGUUAACUGAUCUUGCACAUACAGACGUGCAUAGUCAGAUCAAUUGAAUCGCUCAGUUUAUAACCACUAACGAGGGAACAUUCCCAAGUGAGGCACUCCGAUUUUGUUCAAACCUGGCAAUUUAUAUGUAAGCAAGGGCGCUGAUUACGAAUAUGAUAGCUGUUUGUGCCCAUAGACCUUUCCUAGCGUUUCUUUGGAGAACUGGUUUUCUAGAAACCUCCUGAAACCCUAACAAUGUUUUAUCAACAUGUUGGAAUUAUAGCCUGAAGAUUUUGCACAAAAAUGAGACGUUUUCCAGCUAUCCACGACCUUUCUUUGCAAAGUUACAGAACUUACAAGAGAAGCCCUAAAUGUUCAUUGUCAGCUGAGAGAUCUAGAAAGAAAAAGGAAAAUUAAUUUAGGGCUCCUCGUGU